AUGUCUGGCGGGGUGGACUCGUCGGUGGCUGCACUGCUACUCAAGCGCCAAGGUUAUCACGUCACCGGUGUAUACAUGAAGAACUGGGACCCCAGUGAUGAGGAAGGCGAGUCAGCGUGUCCUGUCGACUCGGAGUACGUAGACGUGCAGAAGGUCUGCGAGCAGCUCGGUAUCGAGGCGCAAAUGGUGAACUUGGUGCAGUCGUACUGGAACCAGGUAUUCGCUCCGUGUCUGGCGGGGUAUGAAGAGGGUCUGACACCGAACCCCGACAUUUUGUGCAAUCGGGAGAUCAAGUUUAAGGCUUUCACGGAGUUUGCGAAGCAAAUUGGGGCGGAUUGUGUGGCAACAGGACAUUACGCUGCACUGCGACCCGCAGAGAAGGGCGGACCUCCGAACCUUUGUGCAGCGGAGGACGAGUCGAAAGACCAGAGCUAUUUUCUGUCGAGUGUGGAUGGAAAAGCGUUCGCGAACGUGCUCUUCCCCCUGGGAGGGAUGCGGAAGACGGAAGUGCGGCAGAUUGCAGAGAGUGAAGGUCUUUGCACAGCGACGAAGAAGGAUUCAGUCGGCAUCUGCUUCAUUGGCAAGCGCAACUUUGCGGAUUUCAUUCACCAAUACAUUCAACGACAAGAUGGGUACUUCUACACUGUGGGUGGGGAGAAGAUGCACCCGCACCACGGGUUUACGGCUUAUACUGUGGGGCAAGGAGCACGGCUUCAAGGUAUGAGCGCCAAGUGGUUUGUGGUUGGCAAGCACAAGUUCGACCACUCUGUCAUAGUCGCUGAGGGUACGCGUAACCCGGCACUCUUCUCGGACGCGCUCUUUGCCUCAGCGGAGCAGUUUAAUUGGAUGGCAGGAGAUUUGCCUCCAGAGCUCCGUGACACGGGCCGGAUGCGCUGCUUUUACAGAGUUCGUUAUCGUCAGGACUUGGACAAAUGCACAAUUUCGCUCGUGUCGAACCGCGAGGCUCGUGCGAGUGCCAGCAAACUUCACGACUGGCAACCAGAGCUGGUAGCAAAUGAAGAAGGUGUAGAAAAUGGGGAGAAAAUCUACUUGCGGGUAGACUUUGACCAUCCACAGCGAGGUGUUACGCCAGAACAAGCCCUGGUGUUGUACCGUAGUGACGGACUUUGCUAUGGCGGCGGACCCAUAGCUGCUGCAGGCCAGACGUACUACGAGCAGGGUAAGGCUCUUGCAGACGAUGUUCAUGACUGGCAUAGACAAGGAAGAGAGAUACUAGUACUAAAUGAGUGA